UCCUAUAAGGAUUGGAUAUUUCUAAUCCGCCAGUUUCAGUAAUGGGCCGGCCAAUGAUGAUAUUUUAAUAUUUUUGAAACAGAGCAUUCUCUCAUAAACACUGGGCCCUAUUAAUGUAGCCCAUCUUUCAUCAAACACUGGCCCAAUCCAUGUAGCCCAUCUGGGCUCUUCGGAUGAAGUGAAAAAAAAAAAAAUUUAAUAUUUUGGUGGUAAGAUUAAUUAAGCCGAACAGAAGAAGGUUUAGUCAGUGGCUUUAUAAGAUGUUCUUCCCCAAUUCUCGUCGUCGGCGACAAACCUACAACCACCGUAUCUUCUCUCCUCCGGCAGUGCUGCCAUGGCGACCGAGAUCUGCAAUUCCGAUUAUGAGCCACGACCCAGUAGUAAGAAACAGCGGGUCCGUUCUCCCAUGAUCAAUCAACUUGGGGAAGAUCUCCUCUUAGAAAUUUUGAUUCGCCUCCCUAACCCUAGAUACGCCUGCCUGAGCAAAGCCGUCUGCAAGCGCUGGAGGUCUCUGAUCUCCAACCCUAGCUUCAAUCGCCGUUUCGUUUCUCACCACCAGAGCAUCAGCGAGCUGCGGCCGCCUCUGCUUCUUCCCUCAGACGACCCGGAAUCCAUCAUCCAGAGCUUCGUCCCCGCGCCUCCUGGAGUGCGUCUGGUAGUUUUGGAUUCCUGCGGUGACCUGCUCUUGUGCGGCUUUCCUGGGGAUGCUCGUGAACACGCCAUUAGAUUGUACAGAUCGUACAUUGUCUGCAAUCCGUUCACGAAGCAAUGGCUCCCGCUUCCUCUGCAGCCUCUGUGGCCGACCGGGAGCUCGGGAUUGGUUGCGAGGUUAGUUUGCGAACCCCGUAUUUCGAAUUGUCUAGAUCUUGGGGAUGGGCAGGUGUCUGUGUAUUACGAGUAUCGAUUCCGGGUGGUGUGUAUGUACAACCAUCUGAAUGCUCUGAAGAUGGACGUGUUCUGUUCCGAGCGUAGAGAAUGGAUGAAGGAGGCUGUCUCUGUUGAUGCCCAUCUCAAGUUCCAUUUGAGAAAUGCAGUGUGUUGCAAUGGGGAGUUGUUUUGGUGCUACCUUGACACCCAAGAGGAAGAAGCUGGCUUGUAUAAUCCAAGGCUUGCUGUGUUCGAUCCUUUCCGCCUGGACGUGCCUCCCACUUAUAUCGAUGCCUCGCCUCUCUUUGCGAAUCCGUGGUGGGAUAUUUCCGUCUCGAAUGGUGCCUUGCACGUAUUUGUACUCGAGUAAGCACCCGAACCUGGUUGUUCGAGGGGGAUCGCCUCGAGCGUGUGGAGAUUGGAACGAGACCGGUGUUCUUGGAGGAAAGUAUGUGAAGGGGUGUUGAAGACAUCAAGUUGCGAUCAUCGUCAACAUGUUUGGACACGGGGGGACGAAGAAGACGGUAAAGAUUGGAUGUUGAACAUAUCAAGGUUUCGUAACUAUGACCUUGGUGUUAAUGAUGCUCCAUUCCUAGAUGCAUUGGAAAGACCAGGGUUGCUCGAGACAUCGAGGUGUAACUAUGAACUCGAGAGCAUCCGUUACUCUUAUCUGCAUCCAGAGAAGCCAGAGAUCGUCUUCUUUCAUCAUUUUCCUUGUGAUUCUGGGGAAGCCGCCGCUAUCUUGUCCUGCGAUUUGAGGAGGGGUGGUGAGCUAGAGUUUUACUCUGAACUAAGAGUGCAUGCUCCUCGUUGGGCGGUCUUCGUGUUGAAGGCCCCUUGCUGGCCUACUGUAAUUCCAAGGUACGAGGAAUUGCUCGAGUUGUAUUCGGAGGAGGAAUAUGAAGCUUUUGGGUUCGUCGGGAGCUGCAUCGAAAACUCCUUCAGUACUUGGACCAGUGACUCCCUCAAUAACUGCUACUUACCUCUGCUCAAUCUACUUUUUGAUGAAAAUGAGUAAGCUAGGAAAGCUGGUACAUGUCUCUCGUCUUUUGUUAUGUUUGCAGCCUUUGCUCUUUUGAGCUGAACUUAACCGGGAAGAAGAAGAAGCUGAGAUGCAGACACUGUACAACUAUAUAUUCGCUCCAUUUCUGUUUGUGGUCUGGUUUAUAAUCCUAUCUCCCAUCUCGCUUAUGUUUUGAUUGCUGAACCGGCAGAAUUACGCUGACUGGGCGUCGGAGGGACUGCAGAUCAUACUCAACUCGUAUAAGUUCCAUUCAUAUUCUGAAAAAAAUUGUAAAAUACAUUUGGUGUUUACACUACUCAACAAAUUUGUCUUGGUAUUUUCUACAAUGCAAUCAUUCACGAAUUGAGGCAUAUUGGACUUAUAAAUUUGUUAUUGAUGUAACUCAACCUGGAAAAAACACUUUCAACAUUUUUCGUACAACCAUAAAAUUAAUACAAAUUAAGGGUAGCUUGUAAUUAGAUUAAUUGUUAGGUUUUGAAAAUAAUUAAAGAUAAAAAUUUUUUGGGGUUUUCUAUUACAUAGUGUUUAGAAUAGAACAACAAAAAAGUUGUAGCCUAAUGAAAAAUUAUAUUUAUUAAUAAUAGUAGUGACGCGAGUUUGAAUUACACAAACUAAUGGGAUAAAAAGGGAUGGUGUUCAAGUCAACAUGGUAUUUAACUGUUAGGUUUUGAAAAUAAUUAAAGAUAAAAUUUUUUUGGGGGUUUUCUAUUACAUAGUGUUUAGAAUAGAACAACAAAAAAGUUGUAGCCUAAUGAAAAAUUAUAUUUAUUAAUAAUAGUAGUGACGCGAGUUUGAAUUACACAAACUAAUGGGAUAAAAAGGGAUGAUGUUCAAGUCAACAUGGUAUUUAACUAAUUGUUUACUCUCGAGAAUUGUGACAUUGUUGUAAGAGGAAGACGUUUUUUCCCCCUUCUUUAGGGUAAACCAAUGUAAUUUCAUUGAAAUCAAGUAGAGAAUGCCUCAUGGGCUACAACAUCAGCUUACCACUCCGUGGUAAAACAAUGUUCCCAAACUACAAUUUCUUCACUAUCCAUUACAAAAAUGAGCCAAUUUAUGAGCAAGUAUUGUUCGUUCCCCGGAAUGCAAAACUCCAUUUUCUAAUGUCAAGAUCUGAAGUGACUUCCCUAAUGGGCAAUACUGUUUGCAAAAUUUUGGAUAGAUAUGAUACGAGUCAAUCGAAACUAAAAAAAACAUCAUGGUGAAUGAAAAAUGUUGGGUUCGAUAAGUAUAUACUACGUACAUUAAUAUUGUAUAUAUGUUCGAUCUUGUCAUUGUAUAAUCACAUAAAUAACGAUUACCGUCAGUCGAAAUACAGACAGUGAAGACAUGUGUAGAGCUCCGGCCGGCGGGGUUUUCAGGGAGUGCGUGUUGCAAAUUUUGACCAGCACCAUUGCAUUCUUUGUUCGUAGACUAGUCGGUAAAUUAAUUAAAGGCAUUUUAUGAUGUCACAGAGAAGACAUUUUUUAUAUAUAAUAAUGUAGUAGAAUUAACCAUAAUUAACUAAUUGAGAUUAAAUAUUUAAAAUUAGAGAUCUGGGCAGACCCCAACAAAUUCACGUCAACUGAUCAAAUCCUACAACACGACCAGAAACCAAAAUCAAUCUUGGUUGGCCCAACCAAAUCGAAUAUAUAUAGUUUUUGCUUGUGGGGAUUUGGUUGAAGAAGAAUCCCGAUAAUCCUAAUUUUUACACGGGCAGGUGCCGUGAUUUGUUUCGGUUCGAUCGUAUCUCUUUGAUCUUUUCCCAUUCCCAAAUAUCCACCCACCCACAAAAUCUUCCUUGGUUUCUGUUCUUUGGCUUGUUGUUAUCAUGCAUGGCAUGUUAUUAAUAAGGAUACGUGCUCUCUUGAUUUGCUUUAUCAAUCUCUUGAUUCAUUGCUCGAGCAGAUGUACUCGUGUAUAAGAUUCAUCAUAAUCUUCUCUCAACAACUCGAGUUAUUGAUAGUAACUGGUUUAUGACAAUAUCGACCAAGUUGUUAUGGGACAAUCCAAAUAACACAUCGAAAAUACAAAGGAAAUGAUCCUUGUAGAUUAGUAUCCGGCCACCUAGCCCAAUUUGUACGAGGUAUUUUGGGGAGGACACCCAAGAGUAAAUCCGUGCGGUUUUGGCCCAAAGCGGACACGCAGAUGUAUAUCAUAUACUUUAGUCCUUGCCAUACAUGUAUGCAUGUUUACACAAACAAACAAACAAAAAAUUAACUAUGGCAUGGGUUAUUUAUAGGUAAUAAACAACUCGAUUAUUUAUAACGAUUUGUCUUAAUUGACGGAUUGGAUCAUGUUUUUUUGUUGUGUGGAUGAUAACUGAAUGUGAGAUGACCAUUUAGUGUACCGAGUGUCAUCCAAUAUCAUGAAUACUAUCCAACUCUUAAAUAGAUAGUGUCAUCUUUUAUUAUUAUAGCAUGCAUCCGAUUCAUAAGUGAAUGAUACAUACUAAUUAACAUCUUGUAUACCAUCCAAUUUGUUAAAUAAAUGGUACUAUCUAACAUCAUGAUUAUCAUCCAACAUACUAUAAAAAAAAAUCUUUUUAUGGUACGUAACGAAUUGUUGUCGUGACAUGGUGACGUGUCAAGGUAUCUCACGAAAACUCGUUACCAAAAGUGAUAACCAACUCACAAGAAAAAUUGAACAACGUUAUUUGAAAAGAUGGAUCAUUUUUAUUUCCAGAUACAAUUGCAGUAUUAACAAGUUUUAAUCUUUAAUGGAGCCCCAUACUCUUGUGUAAUCUGUUUGCAGGGAUGGGCCGCCAUAGUCGAUCUUGAUCAUCGAUUACAUGUUCAUUGCAUCCGUUUGAUGUGACUUAGCAAAUUGUCGUGAGUUCAAUAUGUAAUGUGGAGGAAGUAACAAGUAGGGCUCUCGGCUCUGGUUACAGUGGCGGAGUCAGAACUGUGAGCGAGGCAAGGUCAGAGAUAUGAAACUCGAUAUCUAUUUUGGAUUCUGAAGCGGUCGGUGUAGGGGGUUAGUGCCUUUGCUAAUUGUUAUAUGCUUUUCGAAUGUUUGUUGUAUCAUGUAGAGAGCUAUCUUGUGACAGAUAGGCUUGAAAUUUUCGUAAAGUUAUCAAUACGUUAUGAUUAAAUCAACAAUCAGUAUUGAGAGCAAUGAUAUAUAGUUUAGACACUGAAAAACUUUCUAUCAAAAACUCUAAUACCAUAUAAUAAAGUAUGCAUUAGUUCCCCCAAGAACUCAAUUUAUCAUAAACCAAGUAGUCUCGCGAAAGCCGACUCUUCAUCUUAAAGUUUACAGAGGUCAAUCAUACCAUGAGAUUUAAUCAGCUAUUAAUAUUGGAUCAGGUCGUAAGGAAUUGAACACUAAACCUCAUUAUCAUCAGACCAUGUACUUUUGGCUUAGGUAACGUAACUUAAUUAAGUACUUAAAGCACUAUAUAGUGCAAGAAAGGAGGAGAAUAGAAGCAUUUCUUACGUAAGAUUAGUCUCUGCUAAUAACAGAUUAUUAUAAUUAAGUCGACAUCCGUAGUCCAUACAACACUAACCUACCUGAAAAAGAAAAAGGUGAUCAAUGGGGGACCAAAGCGUUUAAUUAGGAUUCCAUGAACAUGAUCCCUUUUUUUCACAUUCUCGUUCACAAAUUCAUUCACCUAAUUAACCAACCGAUUCCCUUUUAAUUAUUUCGUCCCAAAUGUCGACCACGUAAUCGUGUUUCAUUUGAUAGCUUCAUGUCCACUUGAUUAAAACGACAACAAUCAUGAAAGUAAAGUAAUUAUAAUUUUUGGUAGUUAUCACCACAACCAAAAGUAAAGUAAUUAUAUAUUUUUUUUUAAUCUAGAAGACGGCCUAACUUACUACUAAAGAAUAUAGGUUACUUAGCCUGGUAAGGAAUCAAGGGUGUUUAUUUUCUGAGGAGGAAUUUUAACACUUCUUAGAUGAAGUUCAAGAACAAAACAACCACCUUUCAUAUGAAAAGUCGAAUCAGUUUCAAACACAUAAGUUGGAUUGUCUGUCCUGUGAUGGAAGUUUUGAGAUCAUGUUUUUUUUUUUCAAAUGAGAUGCAAAUAAGAGGUCGGUUGUUUGGAGGCACGACUUGUAAAUAUGUGAAUUUCGAUAAUAUGGAGAUAUAAUUGGGUGAAAUUUGUGGCGUGCGAGAGAUUUAGAGAUGUUAUCUUUUGUUUGUUUGAUUUGAAGUGAAUGAACUUUUCUCGAGAGUUUGUUUGAUCGAGAAAUGUAUUAGUAUAUGCUCACUUCUUUUUAACUUGGAGGUUGAUGUACAUGUUAUUUUCCUUUUUGUUUUGUAUUCUCCAAACUAUCCUCGUACAUUUUCUUUUACUCCUCGAAUUUUUCAACCUCUUCUUUGUCCCAAAUUUUUUGUUGUGUUCUCAUCUUCAUCAAAUAAUGACUAGCUACAAACAAACACUUUUUUUCUUU